CGCAUUCAACGGAGAGGUGAGGGAGCGACGGUCAAAACAACACGGGCAGGCCAAGAGGCGAGCCUAGUUGCUAAAUUUGCCAUGAUCACAGUGGCCUUAGAGACCCGCCCAAAAUUGCUCUGGCUUCUCGGGCCCCACUCGUGGACACACGAAUCUGAAAGAUCUCUGCUUCUGCCUGUGGAACACAGCCUGCUGCGCUUUUCUCACGCUCAUAAGCCUAAUGACUGCGACCUCUGCCAUGUUGUAAGCAGGCCUCCUCAAAACGCCUCCACAUGUCAUCACUUUCCCACGCACCCUCGGAACAGCCGUCCCAUUCGUUUUACACACAAACGUGUACAUUAA